CGGUAUGCCUGGAGGUAAAUCAUUAACUGAUCUGUCAGAGAGGAGUCGAGUGAUCCUGGGCUCGGAGCUCGGCCUGCGGGCGAUGCUGGUCACGGAGCAGAGAGAGCUGCAGUGAAGGAGCGAAGGUGGGAAGCAGCGGCUCUCGGCUCAGCCUGCGCGGACCGAGCCCAGCGAUGCCUGCUCUCGCUCCGGAACACAUCGUGACACAGGGGGCCGAAGAAGGGCAACCGGCCCAACCCGGCAAGGACUCGCAAGUGCCCGAGUGUUUCAUGGCCAUGCCUCAGGAUCUGAUGAAAAGUUUCUCUCACACGAAACGGGUCGGGAAUUACCUGGUGGGUAAAAUGAUCAACAAAGGCUCCUUUGCCAAGGUGAUGGAAGGACUGCAUGUUCCAACAGGGGAAAAGGUAGCCAUCAAAGUGAUUGACAAGAAAAAAGCAAAGCAGGACACUUACGUGCGGAAGAAUAUGAAAAGGGAGCCCCGCAUCCACCAAAUGAUCAAGCAUCCAAACGUUGUUCAGUUAUUUGAAACCCUGGAGACAGAGAACUCCUACUACAUGGCUAUGGAGUUAUGCCAGGGAGGAGACCUGAUGGAUAGAAUUUGUGAAAAGAAGAAGCUGGAAGAAAAAGAAGUGAGAAAAUACACCAGGCAGAUCUUGUCAGCGGUGGAACAUCUCCAUCGUCACACGAUAGUACACAGGGAUCUCAAAAUUGAAAACUUCCUCCUCGAUGAAAAUAACAACAUCAAAAUUGUCGAUUUUGGACUGAGUAACACCUUGAAGAGUGACAGCCAGGAGUUGUUGAAUACACAGUGUGGGAGUCCUGCCUAUGCUGCUCCAGAGCUCCUUGCUCAUCAGAAAUAUGGUCCCAAGGUGGAUGUCUGGUCAAUUGGGGUCAGUAUGUUUGCGAUGCUCACCGGCAUGUUACCAUUUACGGUGGAGCCAUUCAACAUUAAGCAGCUGCACCAGAAGAUGAUAAACGGAGACAUUAGUUCCAUCCCACCAGAGAUCUCCUCAGGAGCUGUACACUUCAUGCUUUCCUUGCUUGAACCUGACCCAGCCAAACGACCCACUGUCAGAGAAGCAAUGGAAGAAAAAUGGUUAAAUGAAGGUUUCAUUCGAAGACCACUGCAUUCCGUUGUUUACAAGAACAGACUGCGUUCUGAUGAACUGAAUUCAAUGGUUUUAAACUUUAUGGCUGAGAAAACAGGUUUAGGGCUUACAGAGAUUAUCAACACAUUGAUCAAUAACAGGCCAUCCCCCAGCAUGGCAACUUACUAUUUGUUACUGAAAAAACUGGCUCGAUACCAAAAAGGAAUAAAAAACAAGAAGAAAAUUGUGUCAAGAGGGUGUAACUUGUCAUCUAAAACUCUUUGCAUUGAACAGGCAGAAAACAUUUCCCCCAAUAAAAGGCCAACUCAACAGAGAGAAAAUGCAAUGCCAAAGCAGAGCAAACAGUCAGCCGUGAGAAGCCCAGAUCAAAAUCUUUCAUCAGCAUUGAAUGGCAAUAAACAAACUGUUGAGCAGGCACAUGAGGAGAAUGAUAGAGAGUCCGAGACAACUGAGCAGCAGCACACAUACAUCCCCACAAUGAAAGAGGUUAUUAAAGAAGAAGAGAUUGCAAUUUCUCUAGAAAAGCACGACCACUGCUUCGCAGAAGUUUCUAAUUUUGCCAAUCGGGAACUAGUAUACCUUGGGCCUCCCGAGUCUUCAUCUAGACGGAUAUCUGAUCAAGCAAGUUCUGAGUUUCAAGGCAAAUCAGAUGAAACCUGUGGAAUGGCUAUAAAACAAGACCUUCAAAAUCAAAAGCAGGGUACUUAUUUGCAAGCAAUAAAUCAACAGGAGUUUGAAGGGAAUCUCAAACAAACAAUUGACAGUCUUGGCAGAAAAACACCCAGAUCUUUGCUAGAGAGCAAAGCACAUAACAGACACCCUGCAACCCAACAUGAAACCAGAUUUAAAGAUCUUCUCCAAGCUAUGGAAGACCAAUCCACAACAACAAAUUGGAGGUUUACGGAGAAAGAUGGACACAAUUUUGCAAUAAUUGACCCGCCUCAGCUAUCCCUAUUGCCAAAACUCAAACAAGGUAUUUUCAAAGAUAAACUCGGUCAAAAAAUUAAUUGGGUUGGAACACCACAUCAUGGAACAAAUGUGUCAUCACCCUUUUUGGUCAACAGUGGGAGACAUGCCCUUUUACCACCUUCUCGCCAGCAGACAUUGAUAUUCAAGAGUCUGCAUCAGUCCAAGGAGAGGACACAAGCUUCUCUCACCAGGAACAUUUUCAAAAGGGACUGCAUUCAGCUCAGGGCACCUCAGCAACCAACAGAUUUAAAUCUACCAGUGCUUACUCCAGCAUUACAGUCAAAGUCAGACAAGAAAGGUGGAAUACUAAGGCUAGACUUUAUGUAAAUAAUGUAACAAAAUGAGGAUCAAUGGGCAGGAAGGUUCUGAUUUUUGGCUAUUUGUAGUGAGACUUUAAAUUUGUUGUUUUAUUCCCAAAAUAAGACAAACCUUCCUGUGUUUCUUAGAGAAGAUUGACAAACAAUUAUAAAAAUGAAGAGAUUGCCUGUGUAAUGACCUGAUAAAUAAAUAGUUUCUUAUGUACUUAGAAAUACAGAGAAAUUACACAAACAAAUCAGCCAGUUCUAUUGGCAUUUUCAUUCCAUUUGAGAAUAUGAUCCAAAUCAAUUUUAAAUGACCUGCUUCCAUAUCACUUUAUAGUCUUUUUCUUCAUACAUCUAUCCUAUAUACUUUGGAUGCUUUUCUUACAUUUCUUGGGAUGUCAGCAUUGCUGAUAAGUCUGGAAUUUAUGGGUCAUGCUCUUUGCUCUUGACAGAGUAUUGCUGGGUCUUCUUCAACAGCUACAGUUUAUGUGGUUUGCUGUUAAUGAGGGACUUCCAAAAUGUUA